AUGGCCGAUAACAGCGGCGGCAACACCAACUCGUUCCCGUACUACCAGCGGCCGUACGGCUCCGGCAUGUCGUGGCACUACAAGGUGGCCGUCGCCGUCGUCCUCAGCUUGGCCAUCGUCGCCGUUCUGGCCAAGCUGCUCCGCUUCUGGCUCCGCUCGCUCAAGGCGCAGGAGGCCGGCGGCGGCGGUCAUAGACCGCCGAGCGAUGGCGGGGACAGGGCACGGCAGCAGCCGGCGGCGGUGGCCGUGGAGAUGGUGCAGUCGGUGGCGCCGCUGGUGUGCACGUACCGGAGGGCGGACGGUUGGCGGGAGGCGACGUGCGGGGUGUGCCUGUCGGAGCUGGCCGACGGCGAGGCCGUGAGAGUGCUGCCGGCGUGCAUGCACUACUUCCACGCCGCCUGCGUCGACGAGUGGCUGCGCGCGCGCGCCACCUGCCCGCUCUGCCGCGCUCCGCUCACCGCCGCCGCCUGA